GCGAUAUUCUCAAAGACAUUCAGACGACAAUGAUUCCCACGAAUCUGAUCAAAGAGUGGGCCAUUCAGACCUUCCCGUCGGCCACCGAUUUGUGGACAUUCAGGAAACAGUUUACUCUUCAAUUAUCUUUGGCCGCAUUCGCCGAAUACGUGCUUCACUUGACGCGACUGAAUCCAGAGAUGAUGUACAUUCAUCAGGACAGCGGACUCAUGAAUGUCGCCUAUUAUCGGUUCGACAUCGACGACAGCACCGGCGAAUUGGACGGCAAUAGACCCGUCCCUUUCAGACUCACACACAACAUAUCGGAACUGAUCUCAUGGAUGGGAAUGUCGGGUCCGCUCACCUCUUCGAUGAUAGCGUCGGCCCGAUGUCUGGUGACGCCUAACUUCAAAGUGCAGUCCAUUCUGAGGGCUGUAUUGAGGGAUGAGAUGAUGAUGUGGCACAAGAAG